AUGGGAAUUUGUAAAUCUACCUGUCUCUCAGAACGUCCAAUUGAGAUUGAAACGUUUCAGCCUGAUGAAUUUGUGGGCUCAGUUCUUGGAAUCCGCACAAACACUGACACAAAACUUGAAGAAUUCUAUAACUUUACUGGCCAGACCAUCCCUUCCGAAAUGGGAAUUAUAAGAAAAGCAAUGUCCAACCUAAACCAAAGCCAAAAAGUCUCCAUAAGAAGCGUUUAUAAGCGAAAUUCUGAAGAAAAUUUGGCUUUGCUUAAAAAUGAAAUUAACGUGCUCAGCACACUUGAUCACCCGAAUAUUGCAAAAAUUUAUGAAGUUUUUGAAGAUGAAAAUGUUUUCCAUAUCGUGAUGGAAGAUUGUGAAGAUUUUGGGCUACUCGAUGUGAUAAGAGAUAGACAAAAAUUAAAUGAAGAUGAAGCGGCAAGAGUGAUUAAGCAGGUUUUGCAAGCUUUAGACUAUUUGCAUGAAAAAGAAUAUGUGCAUUUUGAAAAUUAUACUGUUUUUAUGUGAAUUUUGGCAUAUUUUGAUAAUGAAUUAUAUCUAUUGAAAAUUAAUUUGGAAAAUAUAAAAUUGGCAGAAAACCAAGUAAAAUUAGUCGAUUUCACGAGAGCUGAAACCACUAAACCACACAAUAAAAGGAAAAUUUCUCAAUAUAAUGGUAUGCAGCAUUUUACCUCUCCUGAAAGUUUUGAUGGAAAAUUUGGACCGAAAAAUGAUUCUUGGGCUGUCGGAGUGGUCGCCUACUACUUGCUCCAUAGGGUGCUACCAUUUGACGGAAAUCGGCAGCCUGAAAUUUCUAAGAAAAUAAUUGACGGAAGAUAUAAAAAAAGAAGAGAAGAAAUCAGUGCUCAGGCAUUUGAUUUUAUUGCGAAACUGCUGGUGGUUGAUCCACAAGGAAGGCUGAGUAUAAAGGACGCGCUCAGCCAUCCGUGGCUAAAAGAAGCGUUUCUUAAUAUAAAUUAA